AAACCCUUCUAAUUCUUAGAAAUCCAUUUCCAUUACAGUUCAAGCUUAAGGAGGUCUUCAAUGGCGUCCUUGAGGGCCGUUUCUCGGAUAUCAUCUCGCUUGCACUCUCUUGCUUCAAAGCUCAACAAAAGAUCUUCAUCUUCUGAUCCAUCUCCGUUUAAAUCGACUUGUCAAUCUCGUCUCUCCGCACCUUCUACAUCGCGUCUUUCUUGCACUUCGCGGUUACCAUUGGAGUUGAGCAGCCAGGGGUCACUUAUGCCACUGCACAGUGCCAUAGCUUCAGCAAGAUUGAUCUCGAGUCUGACCAUUGAAUCUCGAGGAUGGGGCUUAGUUCCUCAGGGUAUUUCAAUGCCUUUAUGACAGUUUCGGUUUGCAGGAAUUCAUCAGGAUUAAAAUAAUCUUCUGUUAUGCUCCUGUAGAUUGCUUCUCCCAAGCUUGUUUUUCCAUUCUACAGAAACAGAGUCGAAAUUAGCCAGGAACUCGGAAGAAAGACAAUUCUAUUUGUAAGAUUUCUAAUAAACCCGACUGUGAAAUUGCGAUCGAGAAAGAUAUACAAGUAUAGGGAUUAAAAUGAUAUUUUCAGGGAGUUUUUGCUUACCUUGGGGAGAGACUCAAUGUAGCUUUCAGGUACUUCCAUUUCUGUUAAAACUUGAGCAUUUAUGGCCAUGGCUGCUUUUAAGAUUU